AUGGGGCUCAUAUCCGCAGGCGCCAUGAUCCGCAGCUUAUCGCUGUUCCACAUCACCCUCGCAGCAGUCCUGCUUCGCAACCCCCAGAUGAUUGCCAACCAGAGCAUCGUCAUGGUCCUGGGACAAUCAAUGCAGCUGCCAACCCCCCGCGAAUUCCUCAAACCCUCCGCAUCCAUCGCCUUCCUCGCCGUCCUCUUCGCCUUCCUCGGCCUCAGCGACCUGACCGCGAUAUCCAUGUCCGAAGAGCUGUCAGAUGAAUAUUGGGGCAUUGCAACACCCGUGCGCCUCCUGUUUCUCUUCGCGCUGACCGCGUACACCUACACGUUCAAGGACGGCGGCAUGUUUGCGCCCCGCUCAAACGACUACAUGAUGAGUUCUGGCAAUACGAAUCUCAACAACAGCAUUGUCUUCACGUGGGGGUUCUGCGAGAUGGCGGCAUGGUUUUGGGUGUUUGUUACGCUGCGGGACGAGAGGAGGGAGAAGGUGAAGAAGGUUGUGGAGAAGAGGGCGGCGGAGGCGGAUAGGCUGUAG